AUGGGGGACAACGCCAUAGGCAGAGAUGACCUGUCGAUUCCCGACUCACGGACUGCUGUCAUCCAGAUGAGGAAGAAAGCUCUUGAUCCAAAGGUUGUCAUGGAGCAGAUCUACAUGCAGUCCUUGACCGAGGGUCUACAACGUCUUCUAACCUCUGGAGACCAUAAUGACGUCACCAUCCUCGUUGGCACGAAAACAUUCCAUUGUCAUCGCACCAUUCUUGUAGCUUUAUCAUCCUACUUUGAGGCCAUGUUUAAUUCUGGAAUGAAAGAAAGCAUAAGUGGAGAAAUCAAAUUUCCUGAUAUGAAUGAAGACCAGUUUGAGAUGGUCUUAGGAUAUAUGUAUUCUGGCAAGAUUGACCUUGUAACUGAAAAUGCAAUGGAUAUUUUGGAUAUUGCCUCCAUUUUACAGAUCAAGUCUUUACAAAGAAUUUGUGAGGAGUUUCUGCUCCCACAUCUAACAAAAGAAAACUGUAUCAAAAUCUGGAAAAUUUGUGUCCUACAUUCAUGUGAGGUCCUCUUAGAGAAAUCUUUUCAGAUGAUGGUGAGAAAUUUUCAAGAAGUUUGUAAAACAGAGGAGUUCAAUGAACUUGAAGCUAAAGAACUUGCCUCCAUCAUAAAGGAAGAUGAUUUGAAUGUUGAAAGUGAAGACAAACUUUGUGACAUUGUUUUAAAGUGGAUAAAAAAGGACAAAGAUGUGCGAACAAAACAUGUAGGAAUACUGUUUGAAAAUAUCCGCCUGCCCUUUCUCAAGCCAGAGUACCUUGUCAAUCUGGAGGAAGUUUACAGGUUUCUAAAGGAGGACUCCAACUGUGCCAAAUGUAUAGACUUUGCCAAGAAGUAUCACCUCCUUCCAGCACGUCAACAGGAGAUGUACAGUAAUCAGACACGAUUCCGCAGCACGGGUGACUCGGAGGAAGUCCUUGUGUUGCUAGGAGGUUGUCUGACCACGUCCCCACCAUACUCUCGCUCCCUCAAAGUGCCAUGCUACAAUUUCAGAAAGAGAGUAUGGUAUGAGAUUGCACCAUUGCCCUUUGACCCCGGUAUUGAAUUUGCAACAUGUACCUACAAGUUUGAUAUCUACAUCACUGGAGGUGGGUCCAUGCAGAACUGUCUCCUCAAGUAUGACUACAAUAAGAACAAAUGGAUGCAGCUCUGUACUAUGAAGAGCGGUCGCAGACGACACGCCAUGGUGGCUGUUACCGGAUACCUUUACGUCAUGGGUGGGUAUGACAAUAAACUUGCAGAUGGGUCACGUAUGAUUUCCAGUAUUGAACGUUAUGACAUUCGUGAGGAUUCCUGGGAACAUGUCGCAGAUUUGAUAAUUCCCGUCAGUUCAUUCUCAGCUGCGGUGAUGUCAGACGUUAUCUACAUGUUUGGUGGGGAGAUGAAUGACCGUAAGGACACAUCUGUGAUACAGUGUUACGACACGCGCCUCAAGACCACAUCAAAGAUGGUGUGUAAGAUUCUACAUCCUUGUAAACUCACACGUGCUGUGAUAUGUGGGAAGAGGGUGUUCCUUAUCUUCUUUGACGGACAGGUGAUGGAGUUUUCUCGUCACUCGCAGGAUAACACACGAGGCACCUGUCGUAUGGUUGGACAACUUACUGCAUUCCAGAGAAUCCACUUCGGUGUGAUUCAUUACCAGGGCAACGUGUUGGUGCUUGGCGGGGAGAUUGACACUAAUACACUCUGUGAUGAUAUGAUCAUGUUUGACCCCACGACCUCAGGGUGUAAGAAACUACAGGACACUCUCCCUGCACCAAGGUUGAUUGACAGCUGUGUCAAAACAGCUGUUAAGAAGAAAUUCCUACAGGUUCCAGAGGACCCAGACCCAAGAUAA